AUGGAACGUAAAGGAAAUAAUAUAAAAAACGAGACGAUUGCUGAGAUACAGAUGGCAUCUAAAAAUCUAACGUUGGCAUAUCAUAAAAAUAUUAAUGAAGCACUUGACAACGUUAAACUUAUCACCAAGACAGCAAAUGAAAUUAUCUCAACUAAGAUAAAAACUAUGCAAACUAAGGGAAGUUCUAUAAAGAAUGAGACAAUCGAUGAGAUACGAAUGGCAUCUAGAAAUCUAACGUCGACAUAUUAUAAAAAUAUUAAUGAAGCACUUCAAAAUGUUAGACUUAUGACGAAGACAGCAAAAGAGAUUAUUAAAAAGUCAGUCACAAAAGCGAGAGAUGAAAGUAAUUCGAUAAAAGAAAAAACAAUGAAUGAUUUGCAAUCACAUUCAAAAAACCUCAUUUCUGUGUUUUAUGGUACUGUUGAGGAAACAAUAGAAAAUGUAAAGCAUACCUUUAGAAAGGUAAAUAAUACCAUGGUCAAACAAUUUGAAAAAUUAGGUGAAUCGACUGCUCAAAAACUUGAAAAAAAAGCGGACGAUGCUGAGGAUAAAUUGAAACAACGGAUAAAAACUGUAGAACAGGCGUUUGACAUUGAUUUGGAUGCGAAAAAAAUGAAAAUUUAUGGUGAUCUAGAAAAAAAUGCACAAAAUUUGACAAUUCGACUCGGUUUGUAUAAUGAUGAAUUGAUAAAAAAGAUAGAUUCGAAACGAAAAGAUAUUUUAGAAGAAUUCGAAAAACAUAAUAAUCGUACUGAUUUCGAUAGAGAGUUAGAGAGAAUCAAAAAUUCAUAUGUAAGCAGCCUGAAUGCAGAGUUAGAAAACACAAGGAAAUUGUACUUCACGGGAUUCAAAGAAAAAAUUGCGGGAGAAUCUGAUGUACAAGUACGUAACAUCGAAAAUACCCUUAAUGAAGAACUGAAAUCGAUUUGUCAUGACGUUCGUACAAAAAGUACUCCAGACAGUAAACCCGUUACAGAUGCACCUCCAACUCCAGCGAGUAAACCCGUCACAAACGCACCUCCAACUCCAGAGAGUAAACCCGCCACAGACGCACCUCCAGCUCCGGGAAGUAAGCCUGUCACAGACGCACCUCCAACUCCAGAGGGUAAACCUGUCACAGAUGCACCACCAACUCCAGCAAGUAAACCCGUCACAGACGCACCUCCAGCUCCGGGAAGUAAACCCGUCACAGACGCACCUCCAACUCCAGAGGGUAAACCUGCCACAGACGCACCUCCAACUCCAGAGAGUAAACCCGCCACAGACGCACCUCCAGCUCCGGGAAGUAAGCCUGUCACAGACGCACCUCCAACUCCAGAGGGUAAACCUGUCACAGAUGCACCACCAACUCCAGCAAGUAAACCCGUCACAGACGCACCUCCAGCUCCGGGAAGUAAACCCGUCACAGACGCACCUCCAACUCCAGAGGGUAAACCUGCCACAGACGCACCUCCAACUCCAGAGAGUAAACCCGCCACAGACGCACCUCCAGCUCCGGGAAGUAAACCUGUCACAGACGCACCUCCAACUCCAGAGGGUAAACCUGUCACAGAUGCACCUCCAACUCCAGCAAGUAAACCCGUCACAGACGCACCUCCAGCUCCGGGAAGUAAACCCGUCACAGACGCACCUCCAACUCCAGAGGGUAAACCUGCCACAGACGCACCUCCAACUCCAGAGAGUAAACCCGCCACAGACGCACCUCCAGCUCCGGGAAGUAAACCUGUCACAGACGCACCUCCAACUCCAGAGGGUAAACCUGUCACAGAUGCACCUCCAACUCCAGCAAGUAAACCCGCCACAGACGCACCUCCAGCUCCGGGAAGUAAGCCUGUCACAGACGCACCUCCAACUCCAGAGGGUAAACCUGUCACAGAUGCACCUCCAACUCCAGCAAGUAAACCCGUCACAGACGCACCUCCAGCUCCGGGAAGUAAACCCGUCACAGACGCACCUCCAACUCCAGAGGGUAAACCUGCCACAGACGCACCUCCAACUCCAGAGAGUAAACCCGCCACAGACGCACCUCCAGCUCCGGGAAGUAAACCUGUCACAGACGCACCUCCAACUCCAGAGGGUAAACCUGUCACAGAUGCACCUCCAACUCCAGCAAGUAAACCCGCCACAGACGCACCUCCAGCUCCGGGAAGUAAGCCUGUCACAGACGCACCUCCAACUCCAGAGGGUAAACCUGUCACAGAUGCACCUCCAACUCCAGCAAGUAAACCCGUCACAGACGCACCUCCAGCUCCGGGAAGUAAGCCUGUCACAGACGCACCUCCAACUCCAGAGGGUAAACCUGUCACAGAUGCACCUCCAACUCCAGCAAGUAAACCCGUCACAGACGCACCUCCAGCUCCGGGAAGUAAACCCGUCACAGACGCACCUCCAACUCCAGAGGGUAAACCUGCCACAGACGCACCUCCAACUCCAGAGAGUAAACCCGCCACAGACGCACCUCCAGCUCCGGGAAGUAAACCUGUCACAGACGCACCUCCAACUCCAGAGGGUAAACCUGUCACAGAUGCACCUCCAACUCCAGCAAGUAAACCCGUCACAGACGCACCUCCAGCUCCGGGAAGUAAACCCGUCACAGACGCACCUCCAACUCCAGAGGGUAAACCUGCCACAGACGCACCUCCAACUCCAGAGAGUAAACCCGCCACAGACGCACCUCCAGCUCCGGGAAGUAAACCUGUCACAGACGCACCUCCAACUCCAGAGGGUAAACCUGUCACAGAUGCACCUCCAACUCCAGCAAGUAAACCCGCCACAGACGCACCUCCAGCUCCGGGAAGUAAGCCUGUCACAGACGCACCUCCAACUCCAGAGGGUACACCUGUCACAGAUGCACCUCCAACUCCAGCAAGUAAACCCGUCACAGACGCACCUCCAGCUCCGGGAAGUAAGCCUGUCACAGACGCACCUCCAACUCCAGAGGGUAAACCUGUCACAGAUGCACCUCCAACUCCAGCAAGUAAACCCGUCACAGACGCACCUCCAGCUCCGGGAAGUAAACCCGUCACAGACGCACCUCCAACUCCAGAGGGUAAACCUGCCACAGACGCACCUCCAACUCCAGAGAGUAAACCCGCCACAGACGCACCUCCAGCUCCGGGAAGUAAACCUGUCACAGACGCACCUCCAACUCCAGAGGGUAAACCUGUCACAGAUGCACCUCCAACUCCAGCAAGUAAACCCGUCACAGACGCACCUCCAGCUCCGGGAAGUAAACCCGUCACAGACGCACCUCCAACUCCAGAGGGUAAACCUGCCACAGACGCACCUCCAACUCCAGAGAGUAAACCCGCCAUAGACGCACCUCCAGCUCCGGGAAGUAAACCUGUCACAGACGCACCUCCAACUCCAGAGGGUAAACCUGUCACAGAUGCACCUCCAACUCCAGCAAGUAAACCCGUCACAGACGCACCUCCAGCUCCGGGAAGUAAACCCGUCACAGACGCACCUCCAACUCCAGAGGGUAAACCUGCCACAGACGCACCUCCAACUCCAGAGAGUAAACCCGCCACAGACGCACCUCCAGCUCCGGGAAGUAAACCUGUCACAGACGCACCUCCAACUCCAGAGGGUAAACCUGUCACAGAUGCACCUCCAACUCCAGCAAGUAAACCCGUCACAGACGCACCUCCAGCUCCGGGAAGUAAACCCGUCACAGACGCACCUCCAACUCCAGAGGGUAAACCUGCCACAGACGCACCUCCAACUCCAGAGGGUAAACCUGUCACAGAUGCACCUCCAACUCCAGCAAGUAAACCCGCCACAGACGCACCUCCAGCUCCGGGAAGUAAGCCUGUCACAGACGCACCUCCAACUCCAGAGGGUAAACCUGUCACAGAUGCACCUCCAACUCCAGCAAGUAAACCCGUCACAGACGCACCUCCAGCUCCGGGAAGUAAGCCUGUCACAGACGCACCUCCAACUCCAGAGGGUAAACCUGUCACAGAUGCACCUCCAACUCCAGCAAGUAAACCCGUCACAGACGCACCUCCAGCUCCGGGAAGUAAACCCGUCACAGACGCACCUCCAACUCCAGAGGGUAAACCUGCCGCAGACGCACCUCCAACUCCAGAGAGUAAACCCGCCACAGACGCACCUCCAGCUCCGGGAAGUAAACCUGUCACAGACGCACCUCCAACUCCAGAGGGUAAACCUGUCACAGAUGCACCUCCAACUCCAGCAAGUAAACCCGUCACAGACGCACCUCCAGCUCCGGGAAGUAAACCCGUCACAGACGCACCUUCAACUCCAGAGGGUAAACCUGCCACAGACGCACCUCCAACUCCAGAGAGUAAACCCGCCACAGACGCACCUCCAGCUCCGGGAAGUAAACCCGUCACAGACGCACCUCCAACUCCAGAGGGUAAACCUGCCACAGACGCACCUCCAACUCCAGAGAGUAAACCCGUCACAGACGCACCUCCAACUCCAGAGGGUAAACCUGUCACAGAUGCACCUCCAACUCCAGCAAGUAAACCCGUCACAGACGCACCUCCAGCUCCGGGAAGUAAACCCGUCACAGACGCACCUCCAACUCCAGAGGGUAAACCUGCCACAGACGCACCUCCAACUCCAGAGAGUAAACCCGCCACAGACGCACCUCCAGCUCCGGGAAGUAAACCUGUCACAGACGCACCUCCAACUCCAGAGGGUAAACCUGUCACAGAUGCACCUCCAACUCCAGCAAGUAAACCCGUCACAGACGCACCUCCAGCUCCGGGAAGUAAACCCGUCACAGACGCACCUCCAACUCCAGAGGGUAAACCUGCCACAGACGCACCUCCAACUCCAGAGAGUAAACCCGCCACAGACGCACCUCCAGCUCCGGGAAGUAAACCUGUCACAGACGCACCUCCAACUCCAGAGGGUAAACCUGUCACAGAUGCACCUCCAACUCCAGCAAGUAAACCCGUCACAGACGCACCUCCAGCUCCGGGAAGUAAACCCGUCACAGACGCACCUCCAACUCCAGAGGGUAAGCCUGCCACAGACGCACCUCCAACUCCAGAGAGUAAACCCGCCACAGACGCACCUCCAGCUCCGGGAAGUAAACCUGUCACAGACGCACCUCCAACUCCAGAGGGUAAACCUGUCACAGAUGCACCUCCAACUCCAGCAAGUAAACCCGUCACAGACGCACCUCCAGCUCCGGGAAGUAAACCCGUCACAGACGCACCUCCAACUCCAGAGGGUAAACCUGCCACAGACGCACCUCCAACUCCAGAGGGUAAACCUGUCACAGAUGCACCUCCAACUCCAGCAAGUAAACCCGCCACAGACGCACCUCCAGCUCCGGGAAGUAAGCCUGUCACAGACGCACCUCCAACUCCAGAGGGUAAACCUGUCACAGAUGCACCUCCAACUCCAGCAAGUAAACCCGUCACAGACGCACCUCCAGCUCCGGGAAGUAAGCCUGUCACAGACGCACCUCCAACUCCAGAGGGUAAACCUGUCACAGAUGCACCUCCAACUCCAGCAAGUAAACCCGUCACAGACGCACCUCCAGCUCCGGGAAGUAAACCCGUCACAGACGCACCUCCAACUCCAGAGGGUAAACCUGCCACAGACGCACCUCCAACUCCAGAGAGUAAACCCGCCACAGACGCACCUCCAGCUCCGGGAAGUAAACCUGUCACAGACGCACCUCCAACUCCAGAGGGUAAACCUGUCACAGAUGCACCUCCAACUCCAGCAAGUAAACCCGUCACAGACGCACCUCCAGCUCCGGGAAGUAAACCCGUCACAGACGCACCUCCAACUCCAGAGGGUAAACCUGCCACAGACGCACCUCCAACUCCAGAGAGUAAACCCGCCACAGACGCACCUCCAGCUCCGGGAAGUAAACCUGUCACAGACGCACCUCCAACUCCAGAGGGUAAACCUGUCACAGAUGCACCUCCAACUCCAGCAAGUAAACCCGUCACAGACGCACCUCCAGCUCCGGGAAGUAAACCCGUCACAGACGCACCUCCAACUCCAGAGGGUAAACCUGCCACAGACGCACCUCCAACUCCAGAGAGUAAACCCGCCACAGAUGCACCUCCAACUCCAGAGGGUAAACCUGCCACAGACGCACCUCCAACUCUAGAGGGUAAACCUGUCACCGAUGCACCUCCAACUCCAGCGAGUAAACCCGUCACAGACGCACCUCCAACUCCAGAGGGUUAA